GUCCAUAAAUUUAAUUGUCGCCGCUCCUCAUCAACAAAUUCUGCACAGAAAACUGGAGAGCUUAAAAAAUGGAGUAUGAUUACGGCGAAGCACAGGAUCCUGUCCCUCUGAGCCUUCCGGUUGGUUUGGUUCUUUUGUUCACAUUUUUGCUCUGCAUGUGUUGUUUUUAUUAUUGUUGCCUUCACUGGGAAAAGCUCCGAUCACUUCUCGGCCACCGCUAUCCUCCCUUUCCGCCGGUAAACACCACCUUCUCGCCGCCCGACAAAAUUUCCCCGCUCCAUACGAAGACAUGGAAGGAGAAUCCGGCGCAGAGCUUGUCGGUUUUGAUGCCCGGCGAUGAGGUUCCGAGGUUUAUAGCAAUGGCAUGUCCGCCGUGUGCGGCGGCGUUGGUGGAGGUUGAAGAACAGAAACCUUAACGGUGUAUUCCGGAUUCUUCUGGAGCUCUGUCUUUAAGUUAGUGCCGUUUUUGUAAUAUAUUUAUUUAUAUUAAUUCUCUUUUUUAAAACAAAUAU